CGACAGAAGUGUAUCAUUGCUUCGACUAACUUUAAUUCGGCUAAAUCGGUUCUCUGAAAAAUUCGCGUCUGUACAGCAUAAUGGCGUUUAAGAUAAUCGUACUGUUGGCCACGGUGGCCUAUGCCAGCGCGGGAUACCUGCAUGCUGAUCCCCACCAAGCCUAUUCAGCAGCUCCAGCCGUAAGCUACAGUUCGUUUACCCGGGAACAUCAUGCCCCAAGUGUGGCCGUAGCCAAGACUGUUGCCUACGCCGAACCAGCUGUCCACUAUGCCGCCCCUGUUGCCAAGAGCUACGCCGUUCAUGAACCACAACUCUUGAAAACCGUUGUGGCUCAACCAGCGUACACCAAAACCUUAGUUCAACAGCCAGUCUACGCCAAGACUCUGGUAUCGGAACCCGUCUACGCCCACGCUGCUCCCGUAUAUGCUGCCAAAUCCGUAGCCUACCCAAGCCAGGUUGCUUACAGUGCUCCGUUGGUUAAAAACGUAGAAUACGCUCCAGUUGCCAAGACCUUCGUGUCUCAUCCCCAGUACACCAAGGCUUUUGUCGCUGAGCCAGCUUAUGCCAAGACCUACGUCUCGGAGCCCGCCUACACCAAGUCCUAUGUGUCGGAACCAGUCUACACUAAAUCCUACGUUUCGGAGCCAGCCUACACCAAGACCCUCGUUCAACAACCCGUCUACGCGAAGACCCUUGUUCAGCAGCCCGUCUACGCUAGCGCCGCCCCAGUUCUGGCCGCCAAGACUUUGAGCUACUCGCCUGCCGCCCAGGUUUCGCACGUUAGCUACGAAGACGGCAGUGCCCACUAUGGCUGGUAAACGGAGAACCUGCGAGGUCCACACUAGCGGAAGGAUGCCAUCAUGCACUAGCAAACACGAUCAAAACCAAUGCCGAAUAUGUUGAACGAUUUUGUUGAGUAUAUUUAUUAAAUCUUGAACUAAAUCUGACAGAA